ACAAGGAUUAUCACAUAUUAAAAUUAUUAUUAUUUUUUUUAAAAUGUUUGUUUGUCUUGAACCAAACCAAAACUAUUGACAUUACUGCAGUGGUGAAAAACAUGGUUUGGGUAAUUUGGGCGAACUGGCCCUUUAAUGCCUUUACAUGCCUGUAAGACAACACUGAGGGCAAAGGAUAUCCAUUGUUAUGAGGGAGUGGAUGACAUUGCGGAAGAGCUAUUCCUGUAUCCUAACCCCUCCUCUUCACAACAACACACCGGGAGUCAGGAAAAGCUUCUUCUUCAUCAGCAGGAUCGGAGGCAACAGGCAGACCUACAGUCACCGGAGCUUCGAGCACAUCCUGCCGCGAUGGCCCAGGCGAACAUCUCGGUGACCGAGAGCCAGUUUCGAUGUCCAAUCUGCCUGGACAUCCUGAAGGACCCGGUGUCCAUCCCCUGCGGACACACCUACUGCAUGGCGUGCAUCAACAACUACUGGGACCAGUCGGAGUCGGGCCAGUUCAGCUGCCCCCAGUGCCGCGAGACGUUCAGCCCUCGGCCGGUGCUGCGGCGGAACACGAUGCUCGCCGAAGUCGUCGACAAACUCAAGCUGAGCGAAAUGUUCGCGGAGCCGCCGGAGCUCUACCUGGGGGGAGUCGGGGAAGUGCCGUGCGACUUCUGCCCCGCGGAGAGCAAGCUGAUGGCGGUCAAGUCGUGCCUGGUGUGCCUGGCGUCUUUCUGUGAGCUCCACGUCCUGCCGCACCGAGAGGUCGGCACGCUGCGGCGGCACAAGCUUGUCGCCGCGGUGGAGUGCCUGGCGGAGCGGCUGUGCGCUCAGCAUCGCCUGGGUCUGGAGCCCGCGGGAAGCGGCUCCGGGGCGGAGGCCGCGGGGGAGUGGACCGGAGACUGCCUGCUGUGCGAGGCUGACCAGGAGGAGGUGCAUAAUGUGGACGCCCAGAGAGCCAGGAGACAGGUUCAGCUCCAGGAGUCUCAGCGGAUGGUUCAGGGGAGGAUACAGAGUGUAGAGAGAGAGCAGGAGGAGUUUCAACAAAGCUUGGAGUCUCUCAAGGUGUCAGCGUCGGCUGUUUUGGAAGACAGUGAAGCUCUGUUUGCUGACAUGGCAGUCCGCCUGGAGAAAACCAAGGCUGAGGUCCGAGCGAGGCUGGAGGCCAAGGAGCGAGCCGUGGUGGGGAGGGCUGAACGUGACACAGAGAUGCUGGAGAAAGAUUUGGAGGAGCUGAGGAGGAGAGACGAGGAGAUCAGCCGACUUCUACAGACCGAGGACAACAGCCAUUUCCUACAGGCGGCUCCAUUGCUGUGCGCCCCUCUCACCGCCACCUGUCGGCACUCCAGAGCCCUCAGCCUGCCCACGGAGGCCUUCAGCGGAGCCAGGAAAGCGCUGUGCCACCUCCGCAGCCGCAUGGAGGAGGUCUGCAGGGAGGAGGUGGACAAGAUCAACCGAGCAGUCAAUGAGAACUACGUGUCUGGCGGAGAGUGCGUAAAAGGUGGCAGAAAUCUCAGUGCGGAGAACUUCAAACCUCAGCAAAUGCAACCAACACUAUCUGCAGGGCAAGAUACGACGAGGGCAGUGCCGAUGUCGUUCCCUCUGUCCUCUUUGUCUCUGCAACCGGCUGAUCAGAGGAUGAGGGCGGCUUUCCUCAGGUUUUCAUGUCAUCUGUCCUUGGACCCUGAUACAGCUCACCCGACCCUGGUUCUUCUCGAGGGACCCCAGGGCGCCCACUGCGGUGAGGAGCCCCAGUCCUACCCCCCUCACCAUCAGCGCUUCGACUCGGUGGCCCAGGUCCUGUGCAGGGAGGGCCAGUUCGGGGGCGCCAGCUACUGGGAGGUAGAGUGGAGGGGCGGGGGAUGGGUCGACAUCGGCGUCACCUACCGUGGUAUCGGACGCAAGGGUGGUGGAAAACCCUGCCUGCUGGGGCGCAACGAGAACUCAUGGCGGCUGAGGUGUACGCACGCUGGGUACGCCGCCUGGCACGACAACCGUAAGACCACGGUGGCCGCGCCGCCCUGCCCCAGGAUCGGUGUGUUCCUGGAGCGCCAGAAAGGAGCGUUGUCCUUCUACAGUGUGUCGGACACAGUAGUACUGCUGCACACCUUCCGCUGUCCCUUCUCUCAGCCGCUGUAUCCAGCCUUCCGCCUGGACCUGGACUCCACCUUGCUCAUCUGCCCCCAUGAAGGAGGCAAUGGAAACCCAACUUAACCCUGCCCCCCCCCCCCUCCCCUCCUCAUCCAGGACCCUUUAUCUAACCUGCAAGAAAGGGCUGUUCACUCUUAAAAACACUGAAAUGGAAGAGGUUGCCAAGACAAAAACACCAGGAAGAAGCAUCACAGUCAGGAAUCAAACACUUGUUUUUUUUCCCAUACAUGUCUUUUUGCAUAGUGAAUGUUUCUCUUCACAUAAAAGUGCCCCUUUAUCCUUUUAAGAAAACUCCCUUUGAUUGUAAAAUACUCGUUUGGAUGACUGUCAGCUGGAGCUCUAUACAGUGAACACUGUAGCUGUAUUUUAUCACAAUAGGCCUUUUUCAGAGAGAGUUAUAUUGAUGUUUGACAUUUUGUCAUAACAGGAAAAGCACAGGUGUUACUAUAAACAUCAAAGAUGUUAUGUUCAAGUUUGUGCAUCAUUCAUUUUACUAUCUACACUUGUGUUUUUCUGACUGUGACAAACUGUGACAUGUCAGAAGGCCUGUUCAACACAGAUUUUGGAACCACUUUCUAAUAAGGCACCUUUAUAAAGACUUUAUAAGAUAUAACUAAUACUAAUACUUAAAGUCCCUUUGACUGAUUGGACUGUAUGACCACUUACCUUCUGGGAAAGGGCUGGAGAGUAUUUGGACCAAAAUCCAUUUAUGAAUAACUUAAUACUUACCAAUAUUUAUAACAACAUUAUAACCAAAUAAGCACCAACUAAAGGGAUCUUUUGCCAGAUAAUAAAGCUAGUAGUUACAACUCACAAACUGUUUGUAAAAAGUGCCUUAUUAGAAAGUGAUAGGUGAAUUAUUUAUUUAUUUCCCUACAAUGACAGGCUGAAUAUUUAGUACCUUCUAUCAACCUCACUGCCACAUGACAUGGAAAACUGCUCUUUUAGAGUAUAUUAAUAAUAAUAAUACCUGCAAAUGUGACCUCAGCCUCACAUUUAGACAAAUGAAAUGCCAUAUUGAAGCAAACCUUUCUGUUAGGUCAUGUCUGUCAUGUUCUUUAGAGGCGGUUUGAGGUCAUUUUCAUUUAGUUUUUGAGGACGCCGCCUUGCAAAUCUGCCUUUUAAAAAUAAAUUAAAGGGUGCAUUCACAUUGCAGGUCAUUCUCAUAUUUCAGUUUUCUGUUGAUAUGUGAUGUUUUUUUUUUUGAGGACUGUGAUAUCUACGUCAGUAUAUAACCCAUAUUCAGUAACGAUGUAUGAUUACAUAUUUUAAAGUGAUGUUUGAAUGUUCGAGGCACAUAUAAGCACCAUCGUUUGGUGACGUAAAAAAAAUUCCAACACUUUGCAUGCUUCCAAAUCUAACUUAUUACCUCAUAUUCAGCAGCUUUUACUGUUCACAUAGAUAAGAGAACAUCAGAUGGGUGUGAAAUGUGAGGAAAAAAUAUCAAGUUUUUAACUGAUGAGAUUUGCCGCUGCGUCCUCUGAACCCUGUUUCCGUUUUGGAGACUUGUUUGAUUGUAGCGCUACAGAGGACAAGAAUCCACUUAUCGUAACAAGAUUUCAAAGUGUGACCUUGCCUUCCGUCUGAACGGACGCCAUGAACGCAGCCGCAGCUUUUCCUUUUUAAAUGGUGCUAUUGCAGAGGACCAGAGCACUGUGUGACGCCUUUAAACCAAACUGUUUGUGAAAUGGAAAAUGUCUUUCAUGAGGAUCAGCAAUUGUAAAUCCAAAGAAACAACAAGAUUACAUAAAUAUAUAUAUAUAAUGUAGCUAUCGACUUUAUACAUGUGUGUAUUUUUCAAAGGCAUGUUCAUAAUUGUCACAGCUUCAUCAAAACAAUACUAACAGAAAACAGAACACUGUAUUACACAUACUGUACUACUAACAGAACAUUCAUAUGUAUUACAACAAUGCAACUCAACUAAAUUACAUUUCUGAAUUUGCCAAUCUCAUCUGAUCUGGGAGGUGAAGGAACAUUUAUUUUGCCAUUAAGUGCAUUGUUUCACUGUAACAUUAACUGAACUGUCCAUGUUGGUGUGUAUAAUUUAAUCUUGUAGCAUUUUCUUCACCUGUUUCCUCUCUGUGCUUCUGUUAUUGUUCUUGAAUGUGACUGUAAAGUAUGUAUGUAAUAUAAAAUAUGUUGUAUAUGUUUGACAGUUGUUUUUUUUUCCAGGUUGAGUUCAGUCUGCCUUGGUUGGCUCGCAAUAAACUGAUCCAUGGAGGUCUGAACGGGUAGUUUGAGUCUGUUUCAUGUUGUGAACUGGAGACGUUAAUACAUAUUAACAAGCAUUUAUCCAAUGAUUGAUUGCAAAUG